AUGGAGGCCCCUCUGCGGCCUGGGGCCGACAUCCUGAGGCGGAACCCGCAGCAGGACUACGAGCUCGUUCAGAGGGUCGGCAGCGGCACCUACGGGGACGUCUAUAAGGCCAGAAAUAUACAUACGGGAGAGCUGGCUGCAGUAAAAAUUAUCAAAUUGGAGCCUGGAGAUGAUUUUUCUUUGAUUCAGCAAGAGAUAUUUAUGGUUAAAGAAUGUAAACACUGCAACAUUGUUGCCUACUUUGGGAGCUAUCUCAGUCGGGAAAAACUGUGGAUUUGUAUGGAAUACUGUGGUGGCGGAUCACUUCAAGAUAUUUACCAUGUUACUGGACCAUUAUCAGAACUGCAAAUAGCCUAUGUAUGCAGAGAAACUUUACAGGGUCUUGCCUAUUUGCAUACUAAAGGCAAAAUGCAUAGAGAUAUCAAAGGUGCAAAUAUUUUAUUGACGGAUCAUGGUGAUGUAAAAUUAGCUGACUUUGGUGUAGCUGCAAAAAUAACAGCUACUAUUGCAAAGAGAAAAUCUUUCAUUGGCACCCCUUAUUGGAUGGCCCCGGAAGUUGCAGCAGUAGAAAAGAAUGGUGGCUACAACCAGCUCUGUGAUAUCUGGGCAGUAGGAAUAACAGCAAUUGAACUUGGAGAACUUCAACCACCCAUGUUUGAUCUUCAUCCCAUGAGGGCCCUCUUCUUAAUGUCAAAAAGUAAUUUUCAGCCUCCAAAACUAAAGGACAAAACAAAAUGGUCAUCAACAUUCCAUAAUUUUGUCAAAAUAGCACUAACCAAAAACCCCAAAAAAAGACCAACCGCUGAAAGACUUCUGACUCAUACAUUUGUAGGGCAGCCAGGUCUCUCUAGGGCCCUGGCAGUUGAACUGUUGGACAAAGUGAAUAAUCCAGACAACCAUGCUCAUUACACUGAAGGAGACGAUGAUGACUUUGAGCCCCAUGCAGUCAUUCGUCAUACCAUUAGAUCUACAAACAGGAAUGCCAGAGCUGAACGGACAGCUUCAGAAAUCAAUUUUGACAAAUUACAGUUUGAACCUCCUUUGAGAAAAGAAACAGAAGCACGGGAUGAAAUGGGAGUAUCAUCAGACCCGAAUUUUCUGUUACGGUGGAAUCCUUUUGUUGAUGGUGCAAAUACCGGCAAAUCAACCUCAAAACGUGCAAUACCACCUCCCCUACCUCCUAAGCCAAGGAUAAACAGUUACCCUGAAGACAACCUCCCAGAUGAAGAAAAGUCAUCAACUGUAAAACGUUGUCCUGAUUCAGAGAACAGAGCUCCCCAAGUUCUCAGAAGACAGAGUAGCCCCAGUUGUGGUCCUGUAGCCGAGACUUCCUCUCUUGGAAAUGGAGAUGGUAUUUCAAAAUUGAUGAGUGAAAACACAGAAGGAUCAGCGCAAGCACCACAGUUACCACGAAAAAAGGACAAGCGGGAUUUCCCUAAACCAGUAAUCAAUGGCCUUCCACCGACCCCAAAAGUACUGAUGGGAGCAUGUUUUUCCAAAGUUUUUGAUGGCUGCCCUUUGAAAAUUAAUUGUGCAACAUCUUGGAUACAUCCUGAUACAAAAGAUCAGUACAUUAUUUUUGGAACUGAAGAUGGUAUUUAUACAUUGAAUCUCAAUGAGCUACAUGAGGCAACGAUGGAACAGUUAUUUCCACGGAAAUGCACUUGGCUCUAUGUUAUCAACAAUACUUUAAUGUCAUUGUCAGGAAAAACCUUUCAACUCUACUCUCAUAAUCUUAUUGCUUUGUUUGAACAAGCCAAAAAACCAGGACUAGCUGCCCAUAUUCAAACUCAUAGGUUUCCAGAUCGCAUACUACCAAGAAAGUUCGCUUUAACCACAAAGAUUCCUGAUACAAAGGGCUGCCACAAAUGUUGCAUAGUCAGAAACCCUUACACAGGACAUAAAUACCUCUGCGGAGCUUUGCAGUCUGGAAUUGUUUUACUUCAGUGGUAUGAGCCAAUGCAGAAAUUCAUGUUGAUAAAGCACUUUGAUUUUCCUUUGCCAAGUCCUUUGAAUGUUUUUGAAAUGCUGGUAAUACCAGAACAGGAAUAUCCUAUGGUAUGUGUAGCUAUUAGCAAAGGCACCGAAUUAAAUCAGGUAGUUCAGUUUGAGACAAUCAACUUGAACUCUGCAUCCUCAUGGUUUACAGAAAUUGGUGCUGGCAACCAACAGUUAGAUUCCAUUCACGUAACACAGUUGGAGAGAGAUACUGUUUUAGUGUGUUUGGACAAAUUUGUAAAAAUUGUAAAUCUACAAGGAAAACUGAAAUCAAGUAAGAAACUGGCCUCUGAGCUAAGUUUUGAUUUUCGCAUUGAAUCUGUAGUAUGCCUUCAAGACAGUGUAUUGGCUUUCUGGAAACAUGGAAUGCAGGGUAAAAGCUUCAAAUCAGAUGAGGUUACCCAAGAGAUUUCAGAUGAAACAAGAGUUUUCCGCUUAUUAGGAUCAGACAGGGUUGUUGUUUUGGAAAGCAGACCAACAGAAAAUCCUACUGCACACAGCAAUCUUUACAUCUUGGCUGGACAUGAAAAUAGUUACUAA